AUGGCCUUCUUCAACAACCCAUUCGCCACCCCAGGCGGCCCCCCCGUCGUCUCGUCGCCUGCGAUCAAUCCGACCUCGACUUCGUUCCCUCUCGAGUCGAGCGUCCGCCGCAGCUCGCUCGCGCGGGCAGCGACUCCCGGCUCGGUAGACGUCUCUGUGCCACUGUCGCCGGCUAGCACGACGAGCGGAGGGUCUGGCGGGGGCGGCACGAGCCCUGGUUCGAGCGGGCCCGCCUCAGGAAGUCUGGGCGGAGCAGGCGGGAUCACCUUUGUCUCGCCGUUCGCCUCGUCGCAGAAGCGCCCGUCUAUCGCGCCGAGUACCGUCACCGUCGUCCAAGGCCGGAGACCCAGCACGCCCGGCUCGCCCGCCGCACACCGCCCGAGUUCUGCGAGGUCGUCGUCGCAGCCUCGCAGCGCGUCGGGAGGAGAGUCGCCCAAGCAGUCUGCGUCGCGUCGAGCAUCCUUGCAGGGGACACCCUCGCCGUUGCGGUCACCAGCGGCCGGCGCGGCGCACGCACCACCGUUCUUCUCCGGCUUCAUGGCCUCUGCGAGCCCCUCGAACGGCCUGCUCAGGGUUGCGCCCGAAUUCCCUCGGCGGCGCAGCGUCGACGUUGGUGUACUGGGCGUCGGUACGCGCAGAGUACACGGCAUGACCGCGAUGAGCCGGAGAAUGCGGGAUGCGGUCGGUCCGGAUGCGGGAGACAAGGCGACUGGCGUUGUUGGAGCGGGCGCCAAGGGGGCGAACGACCGGCUACUCGGCCGGCAUCUCGCCUCGUUGCUCGCCCACUCGCUCUCGCUCUGCGCCGAGCCAAAGAACGCAGAGGGCGCCUCAGCCGGCAUUCCCGAAUCAACAGCCGAAGUCCUACCGCACGCCACGCUCGAAGCCAUCCCUGCCUCUCCCAUCAGCUCGCCCACUCCUUCACGGAAUACCUCCGUCUCGGCCGAAUCCGUCACCUACAACAACGCCGGCACCAUCCCGCCAGGCUUCCCUCACGACGCGCCCACGUCUUCCGCCUCGAACGAACCGUCGCAACGGCUCGAAAGUCGGCCGGCGUCAUCGCCGUUUCCGGCCCUUUCGGAGGCGAAGCGCUUCAAGCUCAUCGCCAACUUGCAGAGCUGGUCCUUCAACGCCAUGUCGUACUCGCCUGACGAGCUGCUCGCCUGCGUCGGCAUCAUCUUCGAGAGCGUGCGGAAUAUGGAGGGUGUCGACUUUGACCUGGAACGCUUCAAGGCGCUGCUUCUCUCCAUCCGCUCCGCCUACCACUCCCGAAACGGCUACCACAACUUCAACCACGCCGCCGACGUGACCCAAGCCUGCUACUCCUUCCUCGUCCGCAUGGGUCUCGCGCCACCGCUCUACCUCCUCUGCGAAGACGACUACGACGCGAACCUUGGCGAGGGACGGCGGAAGUGGAGGCGAAAUCGUGCGGUCGAGGAGGGAGGAAUGGGGGAGCUGCUGAGACCGAUGGACGUCUUUGCGCUCAUGGUUGCGUGUAUUGGCCACGAUGUCGGUCAUCCAGGGUUGACGAACGCCUACAUGGUCAACGCCCGCGCUCCGGUGGCGCAGAUCUACAACGACAAGUCCAUCCUCGAGAACUUCCACACCGUCACGCUCAUCCACAUGCUCCGGCGGCACAACUUCGAGUACCUCCUCGGCGGCGACUUUGGACAUCUCGGCGAGCGCGCAACCCCGUUCCGCAAGAUCCUUGAGGCGUCCAUCCUCGCGACCGAUAUGAGCCGGCACUUUGCGUUCGUCACCGAGUUGACGGAGAUGGGGAAGCGGUUGAGCGCGAAUGGGCGGAGGGCGAGUGGGGACCUCGAGGCGGAUAAGCUGCUGCUGUGCGCGGGCUUGAUCAAGUGCGCCGACAUCAGUAACCCGACUCGACCACACCGCAUCUCUCGCGUCUGGGCGCAGGCGUUGCAGGAAGAGUGGGCUGUCCAGGCGAGCAUCGAGGCCGACUUCGGCCUGCCGAUCACGGUCAUGACGCAGGACCCGAGCGACGUCAAGGCGCAGGCGAAGGGCCAAGUCGGCUUCAUCGACUUGUUCUGCAAGCCGCUUUUCGGGGCGAUGUCGACGGUCGUCGACGAGUUCGCCGAUUUUGUCGAGAAGCUGCGGGAUGGGCGAGCGGCGUGGGAGGCGAUCUCGCUUCAGACGGACGAGGCGUUCGCCCAGCCAAUCGCGCGCGACUUCACUCUGCCGGCGGCGCCUCCCCUUCGGCGGAAGAAGACGAGCGAGAGCUCAGGCUCGGCGCCGGCAUCGGCAUCUGGCUCUGUUCCUCCUUCGCCUCGGUCCGCGACGCCGGCCUCCCAGGCGUCUGAUCCGACUGCCACGCCUAUCGGCAACCCGAGUCCCGCCGUCGUUGCGCCUGCGACUGCCAGCAAGCCUGUCCCGAUGUCUAUCGACACCCGCCGCAUCGGUCGGCCGACGCCCCUGCGCACGGCUAUCCAGCGACCCCUGCACGUCCGACAAAGCUCAAGCACCUCGAGUACCUCGGUCACCACCUCGCCUCUCUCGCCCCUCUUCGCCAACUCUGCCGGCUCGCCAUCAAGCGCCGCGACUGCCUUCUCCUCGUUCUCGCAACUUUCGUCCAUCUCGGUCGUCAACGGUCCGCAGACUGCCGACUCGGUAUCGCUGUAUGCGUCACCAAAGACAGGUGGAUACGACCCAAGCUCGACAGGCAUCCUCUCGUCGUCCGUCGAGAAGGCGCAGCGAAGUGUUUGCGGCGGAGCAUGUCUCGUCGGCACGGCUAUGUGCGAAGUGUGCGCCGCUGCGCAGCGACGAGGGUCGCUCGGCAAUGCGUUGGAAGAGCGGGACCGGCAGCUCGAGGAGGAGGAAGACGAUGAGGAGCUUGACUUGCUUGAGGGCGAGGAAGACUCGGAUGUGUGGCCGCCUCACCCCUUCCAACCUACGCGACACGCCGUUCAGGCAGCCCAGCUCGAGCAGGCCGCCGCCUGA